AUGAUCGCGGCAGAUACGCAGCCAGAGAGUGGUGCGUAUCACCGUUCGUCGCUACAACACACCCCCACGGGUAGUUCUGUGUCGUCCUCCUCGGAUCAAUGGACUCCAGCCCGACCGCCCUCGGGCACUUGCACUCCAGUACAGCCGACAUCUCGCGGGACCACGGGCUCGGCGUUGCGGAAUGCUCCUGCUCUUUCCUCAUUGUCGACGUCCCAGCCGACAGCAGUUGCUGCGCCUCCCUCUGUGACUAGCAGCGCUACCUCGCAUACCCAGACCACGCCAGUAUCGUUUGAGCAGUCGCAUCCGCAUCCGAGUAGUGGGAAUGCUGGCCCGGAGCAACCCCACCUCCCGCCCUCGUCAUCAGUAGUAGUAACCGCUGGCCCCACAAAGCGAGCCUCGGAUGAAGGGGAAGAGGACACCACGUCGCCCGUGAAGCUGCAGAACCUCUCGCACGUCGUGGGCCUGGCCAAGGAAGACCCCCAGCCCCGUUCGCCGCCCAAGAGGAGCCGCGGCGCGGACGAGGAUCGGCGGAGGUACGAAAUUAGCGGGAUGCCCGUGCCGGAUGUCAUCGAGAUGGUGGCCGGACUCUUGACCAAAAUCACCACCACGAACGAUCAGCAACACGAUCAGCUGCAUAGGAGCAUACCGCCUCCCGAAGCGACUUCCGGACUGAGCGUCACCACUAACAGUGUUCUCGCCUUCCACGGAAAGAACGUGCCCAGCAUUACGAUACUCAGCUACCUAUCUCGGAUACACAAGUACUGCCCGACAACCUACGAGGUGUUCUUGUCCCUGCUGGUGUAUUUCGACCGGAUGACCGAGCGGGUCAACAAGAACCCUCACCACAAUUGGCGAGCAGGAACCGUUGAUGCGGCCGGGGAUUUGGGCGGCAGUCCCGUACCCCCUUCUUCUGCUUCUCCUUCCACUUCCACUCCUCCCAUCACGGACGCGUAUAGUUUCUCGCACUUUUUCGUUGUCGAUAGCUUUAAUAUCCAUCGGUUGGUCAUUGCUGGCGUAACAUGUGCUUCCAAGUUCUUUUCGGACGUUUUCUACACAAACUCUAGAUAUGCUAAAGUACCAUCUCCCCCCUCGAUUUUUCUUUCUUUCUUUUCGCCCCGGUUCACUAGAAGCUAAUCUGCCCAGGUCGGCGGUCUCCCACUGGCUGAACUAAACCACCUAGAACUCCAGUUCCUUAUCCUGAAUGACUUUCGCCUCUCUGUGCCCGUGGAAGAAUUAGAAGCGUACGGAACCAUGCUCGUGCAGUUUUACGCUAGGGAGGCGGUGUCCGGCGCGAACCUUUUAGAUGAUAAUGUUAAUCCACCUCCUCUUCCCCUUUCGCAGCCCCCGCCACAGCCCGCAGCGGUGGAGACGGAGACGCUGCGUGUGGAGAGCAGCAUCAUGGCUUAGGGGGCGGGGGAUGCUGGAAUUUAUGCUUGCUUGCAUGGGUAGAGAAGGGUAGAAUUUGGGAUUGUCGUAGUAGAAGGUUAUUGAGGAGUUUGCGGGAGGGUUCAUUUUUUCUAUUUCUUUCAUUCAUUUCACUCAUUCUCCCUCGUUCUCUCUUAAUACGAUACGGCACUUCAACCUCGGACUCGGACAUGGACACGGAUUCGCUGGUUGCAUGGGAAUCUUGAAUAAAGGCGUCUUUUUCAUUUC